AUGUACCCGGAGCAUGAGCAGCAGAUCGGCAAGCUGGCGCGGAAGACGGGGUUCUCUCAGAUCAGCGAGAGUGCAGCCCUCAUGCCGAUGGUUCGCCUUGUUCCGCGUGGGACUAGCGCCAGCGCCGACGCCUACCUCACACCCGUGCUACGCGAGUAUCUCGAUGGGUUCUUCUCUGGAUUCGAUGAAAGUCUACGUGACCUUGACGUGAGGGUUCCACGAGUCGAGUUCAUGGGCAGUGAUGGAGGCUUGGUCGGCCUAAAGAACUUCUCGGGUCUGAAGAGCAUUCUCAGUGGUCCCGCAGGCGGUGUGGUCGGGUAUGCACUGACGAGCUGGGACGAAAAGAAGAAGCAACCAAUCAUUGGACUCGACGUUGGAGGUACCUCGACAGACGUUUCCCGUUUCUCAGGCCACUACGAGACCGUAUACGAAACCACGACUGCAGGCAUCACCAUCCAGAGCCCGCAGCUGGACAUCAACACCGUCGCUGCUGGCGGUGGGUCCUGUCUCGUGUUUCGCAACGGUUUGUUCGCUGCCGGCCCCGAGAGCGCGGGUGCGCAGCCCGGGCCUGCAUGUUACCGGAGAGGAGGCCCUCUCGCUGUCACCGAUGCAAACCUCUUGCUGGGUCGGCUUGUGCCCGACUUCUUCCACAAGAUCUUUGGACCCAACGAAGACCAGCCCCUCGAUGCCGAGGCGUCGCGCAAGGCGUUCGAGGAGCUGGCGAAGGAUAUCAAUAAGCAGAGCGAGCGAGAGACGGAGAUGGGGCUUGAUGAGAUCGUUUAUGGAUUCAUCAAAGUCGCGAACGAGACGAUGUGUAGGCCCAUCAGGGCGCUUACUGAAGCCAGGGGCUACUUUACCUCUGAACACGUGCUCGCGAGCUUCGGAGGCGCCGGUGGGCAGCAUGCGUGCGAGAUCGCGCGGUUGCUGGGAAUCAAGACGAUUCUCGUGCACCGGCAUAGUUCGAUUUUGAGUGCGUAUGGGCUCGCCCUUGCCGACCGCGCUCCCGAGCUCCAAGAACCUUCCUCGACGUUCUACUCCUCCUCCACACUCCCCGAGCUCUCCGCCCGGCUCGACAAGCUCGCAUCGUGCGUCGUCGACGAGCUGCAAGCACAAGGCUUCCCCUCUGACAAAAUCACCACCGAGCGGAUGCUCAACAUGCGCUUCGAAGGCACCGACACCGCCCUGAUGGUCCUCCCCACCCCCAACGACGGCGACGGGAAAGAGGACUUCGAGGCAGCCUUCAAGCGCGUGUACAAGGCCGAGUUCGGGUUCCUGCUCAGAGUGCGCGUGCUCGUGGACGACGUCAAAGUGCGCGGGAUCGGCAAGACGUUCGACUCGCUCGGCCCCUCUGUGUUCGCCGAGGUCUCGGACCCGUCGUUUGAGCGGCGCGAGGUGGGCAAGGACAAGGCGGACGCGACGCACAGCACGUACUUUGAUGAGAUCGGGAGGGUGGAGGAUACACCGGUGUUUUUGCUGGAUAAGCUGGAUGUUGGGGACGAGGUGAGGGGGCCAGCGAUGAUCAUUGACGAUACGCAGACGAUCGUGGUUGUCCCUGGUGCGCGGGCCCUCGCUACGAGAAGGCACUUGUAUAUCACCCUGGACCAGGACAAGGAGGGAGAUAGGAAGGAAUAA